AAUAACGCUAUAAUGAAUUAUUCAAGGUUAACGGUUAACCGAUAUUACAGCAAGCACAUUGGCGCUACAUGUGGUCGCCCCAUCGGUGGCGAUAAUGUGACUUAAGGCUGGUUGGCGACCAAUGUAUGAUCUCUAAAAGAAGUCUGCGCUGGUGGUUUUAAAAGUGUAAGAGGAAAAAAUACUGAUCAAGAAGUUACUUAACGAGGAAGCAUCUCGCAACAUUUUAAUGUCAACACGUCCCCUAAUGUAUUUAUUGAACUAGAGCUGGUCGCCCAGUAGGUGGCGAUAAUGUGACGUGAGGCGAGUUGUCGAUCAAUGUAUAAUAUGUAGAAGAAGCCUGCACUGGCGGUUGUGAGUGAGAACGUUUUUACCAACUUUUGAGAGCGACUAAGUAAGAUCAAGCAUGCUGCUUGACGAGGAUGGAGACGACCCGUUCCCUGCUGGUGCCGACGUCUUUGACGAGACCUUUUGUGAAGAUCAAGUUUACACACUUCUGGGCCAAGAGCUGAAGAUACGGCAGAUGUUCGGAGCGCAGCUCGGCGUGGCUGCCCCCGUCUGGGACGCUGCUCUUCACUUGUGUCGAUUCAUGGAAAAGCAUGGUGUUGAGUUAAGAGGGAAGCGUGUGGUCGAGCUGGGAGCAGGGACCGGAGUGGUCGGCAUAGCUGCUUCGCUCAUAGGAGCACACGUGACUCUCACAGAUCUUCCGCUGGCCCUCACACAGCUGCAGGCCAACGUCAACUUGAACGCUCCACCUGGUGGAUGGUUAUCUGUCCCUCCCGCUGUGCUGCCUCUGUCCUGGGGUCAGGAUCACACACGCUUCUCCUCUGACUGGGAUCUGGUGCUCGGGACUGAUAUAGUUUACCUCCCGGAGACUUUCCCCCUCUUGUUAGAGACACUUGCUCACCUGUGCAAGCGGGGUGCUACGGUCUAUCUCUCAUCCAAAAUGAGAGCGGAGCACAAGACUUCAGAGUUCUUUGAGGAUUAUUUGUCACGCAGAUUUCAUGUGGAGCUGGUGGAGCACGACGAGGAGCAGAACAUUCACAUCUUCAGAGCACAUUUGACCAAAGAUCGGAGUCCACCUCUGAAUGUGGACGCAUUCACUGAGCAGCAGUAGAUACUUGGAAGGAAAGGAACUUUAGAUCAGGCCGCACAAAUGAAACAUGAUUGAACUAUUAGCUUGCAUAUUUACUGUUAAUAAUCAGUAAUUAUGGUGAAAUGUCGGCAAGUAAAUUUAGGAUGAACAAGACAACAUUCUCUGUUGACUUUGAUACUGACAACUGUCAAGAAUUUUUUAUGAUUGUUUUUCUGGUAAAUAAACAAAAAAUGUAUUUGUGUCUGUAUAAUGCAGCCACACCUUUUGAAACACUAAGAUUUUUCAUGAUCAUAUUUUAGUUGGUGUCACAUUAUGAGUGUCCAAAAACCGUUUUUCCACCACUGUAUGUUCCUUAAACUAAAUGUCUGCAUUAUCUUUUAUUUGUGAGCAGCCCUUGGUGCGUCCCUCAGGACACACUGACCAUUCAAAGUCUGUCUCCAGUGAUGGGUAGGUGAGGUAAAGUGAAACAGCGCCCUAAUUUUCAGGGGUCACUAGAUGGCGCUCUGUUGGAAAUGUUGUGAUGUGAGGUUCCAAUGAAAUAGUUGUUCCAGUCCAAGCAUUUUACAGCACACAGUGCCAUCUGGUGGCCACUGAAAAUCAGGACACUGUUUCAUGAAACCUCAUCUACCCUUCACUGCCUCUGUGAGCUCAUUGGGUGUUAGUCAUUUGUUACAUAGGAACUGAGAAAAACAGACUAUUGAUACAGAUUGUUGAUAAUAUAGUAGUCAUAAAAUGUGAAUUGCAGCCUUUCCAGAACCUCUCCAGGUUCUGUUGCCCUGACAUAUAGCAACAUGACUCCCUGUCUAGGAUUCUGUACUUAAACUGGCUUUAUCUGCAUUUUUCUUUUAAAAAAACAUGCGUUUUGUUAUGGACUGUCUCAACAAAUGCUCUCCUCUUACUUCAGUUCAUGUAACAAAAUGUGACUUCCAGAAGUUGUGAAGAGGUUUUUGGUGCAUCGCGUGUUGAAAAAAAAAUUAACUCAUUUCU